CUCACUCACUCACACUCUCUCUCUCUCUCUCUCUCUCUCUCUCUCUCUCUCACUCUCUCACACACUCUCACUUACUCUCACACACUCACUCAAACUCACACUUGCACACACACACGCACAUUAUUGCUGUCACCUUUUAUUCCUACCCAAUGCUUUACUUAGGCCUACAUUAAUUAUAGAUUUUUAGGGACAUUACAUCAUUUUCUCACACACAAAAGCAUGGCACCUGGAGCCACAACACGGCAGUGUACUGUUUGCUAUAAAGAGAUCGGCAGCGCCUCCAAAUCAUGUAAACAUUGUGGAAUAACAGUUAAACAGAAGAAAAGUCUGGAACACCAAAAACUUAAAUUUAAUUACCAAUGGGCAGCCAAAUUAAAAAAAGAUGGAAAUAUUUGCAAAAUCAUGAAUUCUGUUGACUUGAUUCUCCAUAAGUUGGAAUUACUAGGUGUCUCACCGAUGCUUUUUAUCACAACACAGAAAGGCCAGCACCGCUCUACAAAAGUUUUAGUUAAAAGUGCGUACAUUCAGAGCCAUCCCUCAGUUCCAGUUAUGCAGAGGCUUUAUGAGGCUGUUACAAGAGUACUGAAGAUCUCCAGGAACAUGAUUGUGAACCCUGAGCUAGAGCAUUAUAGGCAAAUAGGCUGUAUAGGGAACAACCCUACUUCUGUGUCCAACACCUCUGUGUCCAGUGACCCCGCAUCUGUGUCCAACACCUCUGCCUCUGCGUCCAGUGACCCCGCCUCUGUGUCCAACACCUCUGCGUCCAGUGACCCCGCCUCUGUGUCCAACACCUCUGCGUCCAGUGACCCCGCCUCUGCAUCCAGUGACCCCGCCUCUGUGUCCAACACCUCUGCGUCCAGUGACCCCGCCUCUGCAUCCAGUGACCCCGCCUCUGUGUCCAACACCUCUGCGUCCAGUGACCCCGCCUCUGCAUCCAGUGACCCCGCCUCUGUGUCCAACACCUCUGCGUCCAGUGAUCCCGCCUCUGUGCGCAACACCUCUGCCUCUGCGUCCAGUGACCCCGCCUCUGUGUCCAACACCUCUGCGUCCAGUGACCCCGCCUCUGUGUGCAACACCUCUGCCUCUGCGUCCAGUGACCCCGCAUCUGUGUCCAACACCUCUGCGUCCAGUGACCCCGCCUCUGUGUCCAACACCUCUGCGUCCAGUGACCCCGCCUCUGUGUGCAACACCUCUGCCUCUGCAUCCAGUGACCCCGCCUCUGUGUUUAAAAGCUCCACCUUUUCAGCCAGUGACCCUCCGUCUGUGUCCAAUGACCCCGCUUUCGCAUCCAUCAAUUCCACCACUGCGGCCAAUCACCCUGCAUCUGUGUCCAGCAACUCCGCCUUUCAGACCAGUGGAACUGCUUCUUUGUCAAAUGACCCCACCCCUGCAUUUAACGACCACACCUCUGUGCCCAACGACUCCACCUUUACAGUCAAUAUUUCCAAUGUGUUCUACAAGCCAAUAAAGAGAAAGGGGAGACAAAUACAUAAUGGGAAGAAAAGAAUAUCUUUUUCGUUGGCAGCCUUGCACAUCUUGUGGCAAGAAGUGGCGGAGUACAUGGGUGUCCGAGGAUGCUGUACAGUAGUUUGCGAACUAUUUGCUUCUGUUUAAAUUCAUACACAUUUGACAUAUCAGUGCAUAUAAUGAAAUAAAUACAAAAUAUGAGUAGUAAUUGUGUUUCAAUGAAUUUGUUUUAACAAAUACAUUGUACUUGAACAGUGGAUGCAUGCCUAUGUUAAUCUUGCAAAACAGCAAAGCAUCUAUCAUAUAAUACAUCCUACAAUAAAGUAUUGUGUUCUAAAAUGAAGUGUUUAAUGUUGUACAUUAAAAAUGGGGUUUCAUUAAAAAAUUAUUUUAUGAUUGAUUUGUAAGAAAAGUAUCCUGAUUCUUUUAAUAAAAUGAUGCAGUAACAUUGAUAUAA